AUGUAUACCAUCGCCAUCACUCUAACCGCCCUCUUAUCCAUACUCAACACAACCUCGGCGUCUUCAGUAUCGCGCCUCACUCGUCGCGGCCUCCCAGGAGCAUAUUACACAUGCACAGAUCCCAAUUUCUCGGGAGAGUGUAGCUGGACUCAGCCUAACACCGAUUGUCACAUCCAGGGUAGUCCCGAAGGCAUCGAAUCGCUUGGGCCGGACGAAGGCACUCUUUGCACCCUAUGGCCAGGGUUUGACUGCACUGGGAAUCCCAUCAAGUCUAUGCGAUUUCCCGGCAUCGCAAUGGGGUUACCAAAGUUUGGGAGUUUCAACUGUUCGGUCAUGGCCAGCAACCAGCGGAAGCAGGUGGAAGCUGUGGCCAUAGUUGGGGGAGUGGCUUUGGAAAAUGGAGAAAUUAGGGAAUAUGGGUUAAAGACUGUAGAUGGAAAGGGCAGAGAACAGGGGAUGAUUGGAUUGAAAAAGGGUGUUUAUUAUUGA